AUGAUCACUUUCUACCCUCUCCUCCAAAUUCAUCACAACCCCGCUAAGAUGCCUUCAAAUUUAUCAACAGUGUCUCUCCAACUCACCCCAAUUCCUUGUUUCCCGCCCAAAUUCACCCACCCAUCUUCACAUAAUUGCAGUAGCACGCACCCAUGUAGUAAGAAGAGACCCAGUUACAGUAUCUUGUGUGUAUCGACCCGACCCAAGAGAAAAUCGAUCUCCAAGGCCGAUAAGAGCUCAGAGGCAGAAGAGAUGGUUCGUUUGCUGAUGAGGAAUUUUAGUGACAAAAGGCCAUUGUUGUCAACUUUGAACAAGUAUGUAAAGAUUGUGAGGACUGAGCACUGUUUUCUUCUGUUUGAAGAGCUUGGGAAGACUGAUCAGUGGCUUCAGUGUCUCGAGGUUUUUAGAUGGAUGCAAAAACAACGGUGGUAUAUAGCAGAUAAUGGGGUUUAUUCGAAGUUAAUAUCAGUUAUGGGAAGGAAAGGCCAAACCCGGAUGGCCAUGUGGCUCUUCUCUGAGAUGCGUAACAGUGGAUGCCGAGCUGACACUUCGGUUUACAAUGCACUCAUCACAGCCCACCUUCACUCUCGGGACAAAUCCAAGGCCUUGGCCAAGGCUCUUGGAUACUUUGACAAGAUGAAAGGAAUGGAACGCUGUAAGCCAAAUAUUGUGACAUACAACAUUAUUUUGCGAGCUUUUGCUCAGGCCAGAAAUGUGGGGCAAGUUGAUGCUUUGUUCCAAGAUCUUGAUGAGAGCAUUGUUACCCCUGAUAUCUUCACAUUUAAUGGUGUAAUGGAUGCCUAUGGGAAAAAUGGAAUGAUCAAAGAAAUGGAAUUAGUGCUUUCACAAAUGAAGGGUAAACAGGUGAAGCCAGACAUCAUCACUUUUAAUUUGUUGAUUGAUUCAUAUGGGAGGAAGCAAGCAUUUGAUAAGAUGGAACAAGUGUUUAAAAGCUUGUUGCACUCCAAAGAAAGACCAACACUUCCAACUUUUAAUUCGAUGAUCACAAACUAUGGAAAAGCACGGCUUAGAGAGAGAGCAGAGUUUGUUUUCCAGAAGAUGACUGAUAUGAGAUACACGCCAAACUUCAUCACAUAUGAGUGUCUCAUCAUGAUGUAUGGAUAUUGUGAUUGUGUUUCGAGGGCAAGAGAUACCUUUGAUGAUGUGAUAGAAACUCAGAAGGAGAAAAAGGUUUCAACACUAAAUGCCAUGCUUGACGUUUACUGCAUGAAUGGUUUACCGAUGGAAGCGGACAUGUUAUUUGAGAGUGCAUGUACAACUAAGACUUUUCGUAUAGAUUCCUCAACAUAUAAACUUCUCUAUAAGGCUUACACUAAAGCUGACAUGAAGGAGCUAUUACAGAAAUUGAUGGCGCAGAUGGACAGAGAUGGUAUCAUUCCCAAUAAAAGGUUCUUCCUGGAUGCUUUAGGAGCCUUUGGGUCUUCACUCACUGACCCAAAGGCUGCUACUGACAAAAAGAAGUUAAGCAGGCCAGCUGUUACUGGAAAGCAAUAG